UGACAUGAAACCUAGUUUUGAGUCCUGACUCUACCGUACUCCAGUGAUGCAUCAGGCUUUACUUGUUCCCGAAGUCCUCCUAGAGAUAUUCGCCUAUGUGAAUACAAUACCAUCUACUCAAACAACAUCGACCCAGAAAUCACUUGCAGCGCUUGCAAGGACAUGCAAAAUCUUCCACGAGCCUGCGAUGGAUUUGUUGUGGACUGAAAUCCAUGGGCUAGAACCACUGCUAGGCUGUGUAACAAGGUUACAUCCACUGAUAUAUCGUAGGGGUACAAGGUGGGACGAGCCCUGGGCGAAAGGUGUCGAGCCAUUAUCUGCUCAUGAGGCCCGUCAAUUUUUGCGUCACUCCUCCCGUAUACGCACAUUGAACAUAAAAAGGACCCAUCCUCAACUUAUCUCUGUCGUUCCCGCCGAGGCAUGCGUGUUUCCGAGGCUGAGGUCGUUAAGUCUUUCCAUCGCAUAUUUGAACCUCUUUCUGCCUCAGACGCUGCACCAAUGUUGUCUAUUGACCGUCGACGAGGGUCUGCAAUCCUUUGUGACACAUUGUAUUACUUUGGAGCAUUUGUACAUCUCCACUGACACACUCUAUUGUGACAACAUAAGUCAGCUGUCCCUGCUAUCCGAUAGGAUUCGUUGGUGCACGCGGCUUGUCACUCUUGCUUGUCCAAUGCUCGACUGGGCAACAUGGAAGCACCUUUCCUGCCUCCCUACUCUUCUCAAUUUGGAAGUUGAUCAAGGGUAUGAUAGUCGUCCUUCGCUGUCAAAACAAGAUAUCGUGAAUUUAUCACCCUUCCUUAACAUCACAACUCUUUCCUUUCGACGGCUGUACGGUGUCACAGACAUCAUCACAGUCAUGCAACACUCGCAGUUUCCCUCGCUGAAAGAGUUCGAGUUUGAAGCCAGCCAUCUCUCUUUAGAAGAGGCCGAGCAACUCUUUCAUGCUCUAUCCCACUGCAAAGCGUAUCGGACUCUACAAAAAAUCACCAUUUGUUCUUUUGAUGACAAAUUCGCGAGACCCUACAACGACGAGCCUUUGACACCAAUUCCGCAUUUCCUUUGCUUUACACAGCUCCGAACCUUGCAGCUCAUGUUUCGUUAUUCCUGCAUCUACCUAGACAAUGACAUGCUCUUGCAAGCUAUGUCUAGUUGGCCGCACAUCCGCACUCUGGAAAUCAACGACUCUGCUCUUUCUUCCAAAGUCACCCUCCAUGGAUUAUUCACAGCGCUCGGUCUAUGUCCACAAUUGCAUACACUACGAGUUUCAAUCAAUAUUCUAACUAUCGACGUUGAUCCUGAUGCUGAGCCAAUACAACAUACCUCCCUACGAACACUACAACUUUUGAAUACACCCGAGUCUCAAAUAGCAGAUGCUGAAACUCUCGCUCGCAUCAUUUCCGCCUGGCUCCCUUGUGUCGACCACAUAUACGGCCCGGGUUUGAGUUGGGAUGAAGUCAACAUGCGUCUUGGAUCUUUGAGAGCGGCUGCUGCGCCGUAUGUCGUGAGAGCCUCCUAGAAUAUUUGAGUUUGGAAUAUCUUCACGUCCGGGAAUGUUGUUACAGACCUUCGACUUCUUUCGUUCUUUCGUUAUCGCUGUCGCUGUUGAUAACUGCUGUAUUAGUACUUCUGCAUCAUGGCCAACAACAACCCUCUGGUUCAAUCCUUUUGAUAUCCGCGUCUGUAACGGCCAUGUGAUCACACAACACAAUGACAGCAUACGAUAUUGAAGACCAGCAGCUACUUUAGCAAGCUGUUACGACCCCCAUGAGUUGUGG